UAAACUGAACUACAGGGAGGAAACAUCAUCAAUAAAUGUCUAGAAAACCUCAUCAGUCUUUGCGYGAAAUAGACUUAUACACACGGAUAAAACUCUAUCUUUUCACAACUAACAUUUUGGAUUCACGCUGGUGUAUUGGGCACGCAUUACCAUGGACAGCGCUUUUGACAACCUGGAUGCUGCAGGCUUCCUACACAUAUGGCAACAUUUCGAUGUUGACAAUAAUGGUUAUAUUGAAGGAAAGGAGUUGGAUUACUUUUUCAGACACAUGAUGAAAAAACUUGGGAUGAGUGAUGAAAUAACYGAUGACAAAGUUAGAAGAAUGAAAGAAAGGUUCAUGUCAGCUUAUGACACCACAGCUGAUGGUCGCCUGCAAAUCCAAGAGUUGGCCACCKUGAUGCUACCGGAGGAGGAGAACUUCCUACUACUGUUCCACAGAGAGACGCCAUUGGACAACAGUGUGGAGUUCAUGAGGAUCUGGAGAAACUAUGACACUGACAGCAGUGGAUACAUAUCAGCUAUAGAACUCAAGGGUUUCCUGCAGGACCUGUUCCUCCAGCACAAAAAGACCAUCUCCCCCAACAAACUGGAGGAGUACACCAACACCAUGAUGGAGAUGUUUGACAAAAACAACGAUGGCAGGCUGGAUUUGAAUGACCUAGCCAGAAUCCUGGCUCUAAAAGAGAACUUCUUGCUGAAGUUUGACAUGAAUGCUUGCAGUCAAGAGGACCGGAAGAGGGACUUUGAGAAGAUAUUUGCUCACUAUGAUAUMAGUAAGACGGAUGCUUUGGAGGGUCCAGAGGUGGACGGCUUUGUCAAAGACAUGAUGGAACUGGUCAAACCUACCAUUAGUGGAACGGACCUGGACAAGUUCCGCAAGCUGCUCCUGGGUCACUGUGACAUGAACGGUGAUGGAAAGAUUCAGAAGAAUGAACUGGCCCUGUGCCUCGGCRUGAAAUACUCCAGUUAAUAGUACUCCAAAGGAAGAAUGACAGACAUUUUCAUUACCCUAGUUAGCACCACAGGCUAACCGCUAACUCACUGAUAGCACGCCGCAAUGCCAUAGCUCAUACCUUUUGGACAACCCAAGAGCAUUGCAUGAUGGUUGGUUGAAAGGAAGUUGUUGCAUAGYGUAGACCCAUUGGGGAAUUUAUUUUGUGAUCCUUCAUUUUGUUUGACUGGAUCUGUUUUGAUGACAAUUAUGAUUAGCUUUGAGAGUGUUUGUGUGUGUGUGUGUGUGGUCCAUGCACAUUGCAUACGCCUAUAACUUGCAGAAAUGUAGUGGUGAUGUAAGUCUUUUGGGACGGAAGUUGUAUUGGGAUAUUUGUGGGAUAUAUGUUGACUUUAUUACCAUGAUGGCUGCAUUUGCUUURCAGAACUGUAAUGUUUUUGAUGUGCAAGAAAAUAUGAUGAAAAUAACUGUCAUUAUGGUUUGACAUUUCACCUAGUUUAAAUGGUAUUGGUAGACAACAUGUAAUGCAAUACAGUGUAUGAUAUGAACCACAAUCUCUGUGUCCCUGGACAUCUCCAUGUUUCUCCAUUCUGUAAGAACAGUCUGCAAUCAUAAGCACAUACAGCUCUGUUAAWGAACAAACUAUUUAUAUAACCAUAACUCAAUUAGUAGUACAUUUAUGAUGUAUACCCAUUGUAUCAGAGCAGKCAAUGCUGUGAGCCUUGGGCACAAAGGAAAUAUUGACCCGCAGCCGUGAUGAUGCCCGGGCUUCCAUUCUCCAUGAGCUCAGUCCUUUCAUGCAAUAAUGGAUUUUCACAGAGUUUCAUUGCUUUAAUGCUUGGUAACCAGAGCAUUUCAAAAGCACAACAGACAAAAUGCRAUGGAAACGGAUUGAACAGCAACUCAAAGCACCCAUGGAAGAGAUAUACAAAGCAAACACGGUCGGUAGUAAGUAGACCAGUAUGGCUUUAAAAGCUUUUCAUGAGUUCAUUGGGCACUGUGUUAUUCUGUGAAACCAUAGUACACUGUUAUUUGUGUCUAGUUGUAGGCUGAUGUCAUUGCUAAAAGCCCCACCAGAUGCCUGCAUGAUUAUGGCAAGUGAAGUGUCUCUAACUUAACAGCUGCUCACCAGCAGGACCAUUACAGAGGACUGCGGUCAAGAGAAUAAUUAUUGUGCCACUUGCUGUGCCUUCCUUGAA